CCAAGAAGAACAGCCUCCAGCGGCGGAGCCCCGUCCAGCGACCGUCCGGCUGCGCGUCGCCGCAUCUCCACCGGCGCAGCAGCUUCAGCAGCACUAAGACACCGACGUCUCGCUCACAACAUUGUAUUCGCGUGUUUCCUUGAAUGCGGAUAAUAGGGAUAACGGUCCAAAAACGCCGUCGGUAGUUACAAAGUUUUCUGAGGCAAAAAAAAAACUUCCAUGGACGGAAAGAUUGAGAAAUAAUGAUUCUUCAAAGAGAUAACUGCCUCUACAAUAAAAGAGCAUGAUGUCUCAUAUAAGCAGUAGAUGGUGGAGAUGGAAGUUAGAGAAAAUUCUUUCACUUGCCUUGCUGUUAAUACGCAUUCAGGUAUCAGUGCUGGGCUGUCAGGUCGAUUGCAACCAGGUGCUGGUCGCACCAGAGGGAUCCUUUUCGUCCCCCUGCUACCCCAGAGAUUACCCCAAAAACCAGGCAUGCAGGUGGACACUGCAGGCCCCAGCCGGGUUUGUCGUGCAGAUAACCUUCCUCGACUUUGAGCUGGAGGAGGCGCUGCGGUGCAUCUAUGACCGGCUCGUAGUCAACACCGGCAGCAACAAUGUUUCGUUCUGCGGUUUAACUGCCAACGGACUGAGCCUCAACUCCACGGGGAACUUCAUGGAGGUGUCCUUUAACUCGGACUUUAGCGUUCAAAAAAGAGGCUUCAAUAUCAGUUACAGGCAAGUUGCCGUAGCACUAAGGAAUCAAAAGGUGACGAUACCACAAAGUGCUGGGAAAACUGUCAAACUGUUAAGCCACGUUGCCAUGCCGGCUCUCACGCAGUUCUCCAUCUGCUUCGAGAUAGCAAGAACAAGUCAAAAAGCAGACGAAACCAUCUUCACGUACUCUGAGCAGAAUACAGUCCUUAUUAGCUUCGGACAGUCCAGCGGCGCAGGGAUGGAGUUGAGCGUUAGCGGCGUAACCUGCCCGCUGGGCGCAGCCCUCAGCGCCAGCGAUUUCACGUCGGCCAUGAAGCCCUUCUGCCUCACCUGGUCCAGUUUAUCAGGAGACGUCGGCGUGUACGUCAAUGGCAAUCACAAAUCGGUGCCCUGUUCCAACUCCAUUGGAAGAUCCAUAAAAGGUGGCGCGACAUUCCAGUUGGGCGGCAAAACCAGUUUCGAUGGAUUCAUUUAUAAUUUCAGAAUGUGGGAUUUCAAUUUCACCACAUUAGAGCUAAAGGCCCUCACCUGUGAUACCAUCGGCAAUGUCUUCGACUGGGAAUACACAUUCUGGGAUGUUCAGCCUGCUCACGUUCAAACUGACAGCACACUGAGCUGCAUCUGUUACCCAAAUUGCACACAUUUAACAACAGCUGCGCCAUCUAGUGGUUCAACUUUACCUUCCAUUUUGCCCACCAUCUGUCCCUCUCCUGGCUUGAACUGCCCAGUUCAACCCGAUACCAUUUUAUCAACUACCAUGACUAACAUUCCUACCAUUUCAUCCACUGUUCAGCCCGCUAGUCUUUUAUCAACUACCACAACUAACUUAUCCUUCACUUCAUCCACUGUUCAGCCCGCUAGUCUUUCAUCAAUUACCACAGCUAACAUUCCCACCAAGUCAACAACUGCAACAUCCUCUGUCACCACUAACAUGCAUAUUAACUCAACCACUGCUGCUCAGUCCAUUUCCACUACAACUACAACUUCUAAUAGAAUGCUUCUAACCAGCAAUGUAAUACCUGUCUCUGAAAUCACCCCUGUUUCAUCUACUGCUGCUGCAGCUCUCACACCAACAGCAAUUAACGGCAUGCCAAAGGAGGCAGAGUUCCACAGGAUAACGUUUGACGUGACUGAUGAGCAGGGGCAAAUGGCUGAAGACAUGGUGAAGAAUACUGUACAGCUCUGGCUGAAUCAAAUAUUUAAAAGCUGGCCGGAUUCCUUUAUUUCUUUCAGAGUUCAGCCAAGACCGGCGGACGAUAAAAGCUACACGUGCCAAGUCUUGCUGAAGUCCAGAUUGACAGACACCACUCUCAAGGUUGACACGGUGAUUCAGAGCAAGACCUUGGGGGAGGAACUGUCACUGGAGAACGUUACGGUCCAGCCUGUCGAAAACUGUGAAGCUGAGAGCAGCCCUUUGUCUUACAAAUGGUCUGAAAGCAAGCCGACCGUCACCCAGUUCUUACCGUGCUUCACAAACAAAGAGCAGAAUGCCUCCCGGACGUGCAUGAUAAACUGGCAGAACUACACGUCAUUCUGGGGCCCAGCUGAUGUCAGUAAUUGUGAUAUUGAACACAUCGUGGUUUCCCCAGAAAAUGCAGCAGAAGUUGCCUCCGAUUUAGCUGGCAUGACCAACAACAAUCUCUCAACAGAAGAUGUGUCGAUGGUUGUGACAAAACUGAAGGAUAUUAUUAAUGUGGCCAAGAUCAACAGCACCUUGGCGUCCACCAUGGUGACGAUCUUCUCCAAUGUGAUGACAAGCUCCAACACGGCUCUCGCCACCUCAUCUGAGAUGAUGCUGAAGACGGUGGACGAGCUGGUCCUGAAGAUCGAGUUUGAGGGAACUUUCCUCAGCAUCACCUCCAAAAACUUGGCCCUGGGCAUCUCAGCGUUCAACUCCAGCAGUUUCAAUGGGACGUCGUUCAGCGCGUACAUCCCUGCCAACAGCACUGACCUCCAGAUCAACUUUGAGUCGAGUCAGCAGAAUUCCCUGGCGACUGUUACCCUCCCGUCCACUUUGCUGAGCAAUUUGAGCUUCGUAGAGGCAGAUGUUCUCUCCCGGAUAAACUUCAUGUUCUUCAACAACACUGGGCUCUUUCAGGAAAAAACGGACAAUGGCUAUUUCUUGAACAGUUAUGUGGUGGCUAGUAGUAUGGGCAAUCAAUCCAUAAACAACCUUCAGGACCCAGUGGAGAUUGAUAUUGUUCACCUGUCACCCAAGCCUGCAGCAAGUAUAGUGAAAUGUGUGUUUUGGGACUUCAAUUUCAAAAAUGGCAGUGGGGGCUGGAACUCCGGGGGCUGCAGCCUUAGCCGGUCCAAGUCCACCGCCAGCCGGACAGUCUGUCUGUGCAACCACCUCACCCACUUCGGAAUCUUAAUGGAUAUCUCAAGAUCUUCCGAGUUGCUCAGUGACAAGAACAACGAGGCCCUCACCUUUAUCUCGUACAUCGGCUGUGGCAUCUCUGCCAUCUGCUCUGCGGUGACCCUCUUCACGUACAUUGCGUUCGAAAAACUGCGUCGAGACUAUCCAUCCAAGAUCCUGAUGAACCUCAGUACCUCGCUGCUGCUCCUCAACAUGGUGUUCAUCCUGGACAGCUGGCUGGCCCCUCUCAAAGCAGAUGGCCUUUGCAUCUCAAUGGCAGCAUUCCUGCACUUCUUCCUGCUCACCACCUUUACCUGGAUGGGCCUGGAGUCCAUCCACAUGUACAUAGCCUUGGUCAAAGUUUUUAACACAUACAUACGGAGGUACAUCCUCAAGUUCUGCCUUGUGGGAUGGGGACUGCCAGCUGCCAUAGUGGUCAUUGUGGUCUCCGUGGAUAGAAACUUUUAUGGAAAGUUGAACUAUCAGAAGGACAACGGAGAAGACUCAUCUCAGUUCUGCUGGGUGAAGGAUCCGGUGGUCUUCUACGUAACAUGCGUGGGCUACUUCUCCGUCAUCUUCCUAAUGAACGUGGCCAUGUUCAUCGUGGUCAUGAUUCAGAUCUGCGGUCGCAACGGCAAGCGCAGCAACCGCACGCUGCGAGAAGAGGUUCUGCGCAACCUGCGCAGUGCUGUGAGCCUGACCUUCCUGCUCGGCAUGACCUGGGGCUUCGCCUUCUUCGCCUGGGGCCCCGUGCAACUGGCCUUCCUCUACCUCUUCUGCAUCUUUAACUCCCUGCAAGGAUUGUUCAUAUUCAUAUUUCACUGUGCUUUGAAGGAGAAUGUUCAGAAGCAGUGGAGGAGAUACCUUUGCUGUAGCCGAUUCCGUCUGCCAGACAACUCAGACUGGAGCAAGACAGCCACAAAUAACACGAAGAAGGUCAGCUCGGACAAUUUCGGGAAGUCCCUUUCCUCCUGUUCAUUCGGCUCCAGCACGGCUAACUGGACGUCCAAAGCGAAGCUGACCUUUAACCCCUUUACCAAGCGAAGUAGCCAUGCAGGUAAAGGCUUCUGUGGCCAGGGGAAUGUAAAAGUGGGCCUGUCAGAAGCAGAUACGUCCUCCAUCCUCCCCGUGCAUCAGGUCAUCGACAAGGUGAAAGGGUACUGCUCAGCAAGGUCUGACAAUUUCUACAAGAACAUCAUCAUGUCAGACAGCUUCUAUGACAGCACUAAGUUCUAGACGGACCUCACCUUGCCCUCCGUCACGCCUGAGGCCUGGUUCUCCCUGCUCAUCGAGAAAACCAAGAAAACCUAAAAUGAACGGCAGUAUCUUCACCCACGUUACUGGUGAGACUGCGAUGGAAAAUGACGAAUAUUAUGGGAAAUGUACACUUGUGUAGAGACGAAGGGUUUGGCAUUUUAAUACUGUGAUGUAAAGCUUUCUUCCUUAUUCGAUGGAACACAUGUAGUGAUUGUCUUUAAUUAUGAACCGAAUUGGAUCAAGCCCCUCCUUUUUCACCAAUGCCACUGAGAAAGGGUGGGGCUGGACUAAAUUUGUUCACCGACGUUAAUGGCAAAUCCAUGAUGCUCGAGUCGAAUCAGGACAUUGAACUGGUCACCUGUUUUAUAAAUAUUUAUGGCUUGUGCCUUUUCUAAUUGCUUCCUGUGCCUGCAGUUUUUUUGCAUGUACAGUAAGAGAUGCCUUAUUGUUUCCCGUGAGCGGCUCAGUUUCCUUUUGUAUGUGGGACUGUUCUGUGCUGGAUUCCGGAAGUCUCUGUGUUCUCCGCAGCCUUUAAAAGGAGAAGCUGGGUGACAAGAAAUUUGGACUGACAGGUCUUCCUAAAAAAAAACCCACAAAGACUGAUGGAAGAUGUGGGAUUUUUAACCACGUUACAGUUCCCAUUCUGAAGGGGAGCAACCGCAUUGUUUUGUUGCGUUAUUAAUGUUUUGUUUGUGAACUUUGUGACAUUGCUGUAAAUCCUUUGUAAACUGUUUUGAGGUCAAUUUGGAAUUAUAUUGUUCAUGUUUGAGCUUUCGCCUGCAGAUUCUCUACUACUGAGUAACGUAUACAAGGUAAAAUGGUGUUGGAUAUUUUGAUGCUAUUUAUUCAACUUAUAGAUAUCAGAAAAAAAAACAAUAAAAAUAGUAUCAGUUUUUGCUUAGACUCACAGAGAAGCUAUGCAGUACCACACCAAAUAAAGAAACAUUUUUUUCCUAGAAAUAGGGCUUAUUCAUGCAUUCCUUCAACGGCCAAUGUUAAUAGUGUAUGUCAAAUCUACACUUUAUUUAUGUUCUCCAUAAAUAUUACUGUGUAAUGCAUCAUAGCUUUUUUUUUUCUAAAAUAUUUUUAUAUUUAUGUCCACAGUGGCUGAGUACAAUCUGGUACAUUGUCUUGUAAAAGGAUAACAUUAAAAAUGAACAAUAUUGAAGUGUCAGUUAAUCCAAACAGAGGGAUUUGGACCAGUUAUUUAUCCCGUUACUGUCCCCCAAUAAGCAGCAAAUGUCACUGAUGUGUUUGUGUACAGUCAUGUGUAGAGAGAUAAAUGGGGUAAUGUAAUGUUCCUUUUUUAUAAUCAUUGUGUCAUAGCAGUUCAUUGUUGGAUUGUUGCGCUGAUAAAUGCUGUUCUAUUUCCAUACAAAAUACGGUGGGCCAAAUAUCUCCUACUAAAAUGUACAAUGUAUGCUUCUUUUAA